AUGGCAUCAUAAUUGUAAUAAUUGUAAGAACUUUAAUUGCAAGAAAUUAAUUUAAACGAUGAGCCCGUAAAGAAUUAAAACUAGUAGGCAUCCAAAGUUUAAUAGCUUUAAGAAUUUACUAAAAAAAUAUUGUCUGCUAAGAAUAAUGAUAGUCAGAUGAUUUAAUCUUUAGAAUAUAUCAAAUAAAAGAUAAAUUUUACUUCAAAGACACCUAGCUAAUUUGAAUAUGAUGGCGAUUAAUCAUUUAGGGAAGGAAUAAAAUGUAGCUUUUUAGACGAAAGUGAGUCUAACUACUCCUCUGUUAGCACUGUAGCUUCAAUAAACGUUGGUUUGACUUAACAUGAAAAGAAGACUCCUAAAAUUUAAUAUUAAUAGACUCUAUAUGUUUUGAGAGACCAAGAGUAAAAUUAGUCAAGCAGUAACGAAAAUCCUUAAUCUUUUAUUGAUUUAUGGAGCAUUUUUAAACAAAUAUAUAUGUAAGAGAAAUCACUAUAAAGCUAAUGUGAACUUUAAUCAAGAGCUUAAUUGAAUAAAGCUUAAAAUAAUGAUGAAAACGAAGAAGAUGAUAACCAAUUUAAUAUAUUCAGCUGUCUUCAGUGCUUCAAGAAGAGAUAACUUCCUAAAUAUUUACUUGUUGAAAAAAAUUUGAUUUUAUACAUGUAUAACACAAAAAAGCUCUCAAAAGAAAAUAAUAGCAACUUAAUAUAAAAAAUAAAUAGAUUUUAUACUCAAGUAAAUUAAAGAGUUAAUGCUGUCUUAAAGAUUAAUUAGGAAAUUGAUAAUCUAAGUGUUUUAUCCAAUUUAUUUUUAAUUGCAUUCUCUGAUUUUCAUUCUGAAAUUUUCAAUUAUCUAUUGGAUGUUUUAAAUCAAGCAUAAGAAAUUAAUGGCUAAAAGAAAGUGUCUAUUACAAAAAUUGCUCAAAUUUUCACAAGCGAUAUUAUUUAUCUCCUAUCAACUUCCAGAAUAGAUAAUUAAAUACUUUAAAGAUAAUCAGUAAUUAAUUAUGUUAACAAUCUCUUCUUUGCAUUAAUGUUCUGCUAUUUCCAAGAGUGUGUGAGAAACUAAAGUGAUUUUGGAGAAUAAAGUUCAAAAACAAUAUUAAAUGCUUUACUUAAACAAGUCAAUGCUAAACCAGAUUCAAUAGUUAAUUACUUUACAAAAAGAUUCCCCUCUUUUAUAAUUGAUAAAAAUUUUCUAAAAUAUAUUUGA